AUGGCGAGCUGCCGCAAACAUUUAUUUGAGUUGCUUGAUUAUACAUGUGUGUUGCAGCAGAUACCCAAGGAUGUGGCUGACAUUUUUAAUGCCCCCAGUGACAGUGAAGAUUUUCUGGGGUUCCAAGAUGAUGCUUCCAGACAGAGGUUGUUAUCAGAAGACACCUAUGCUAAUCGUGAUUCCCUGAAGCCAGGAAAAAAGGGGGUUCAGUUUCAGUCCAGAUACCUCACUGAAGAGCUGCAGAGGAUUUUUGCAGAAGACACUGAUUCUGAAAUGGAAACAUUUGAAGGCUUUGCUUCAAGUGAGGUGGAUGUGAAUAAAAAAGGAGUUCUGGCAGUAGAGUCGGAUUUGAGUGAUGAAGAACGUGAUAAUUUAUUGGGUAGCGAGGAAGAAGAGGAGGAAGAGGUGAAGAAGAAAGUUUCCCCCAAAAGAAAAAGCUUUGGCCUCCGUGUUGCCUUACAGUUUCCCACCAGAAAGUCAUCUGAGAAAAAAGUUCCUGAACAGGAGUUUUCUAACUUACCUCUAAAGGAAAGUGAAUCCCUCACACCUCAUUCAAAAGAAAUAAGCUGUAAGUGGUGGGAUAAACUAGAGGGCUCUGCUUCAGAGUCUGAAGAAGACAUGAAAGAAACACAGGAGGAAAGUUCCAGUGCUCUGCUUAAAAGAGCUAUGAAUAUUAAAGAAAAUAAAGCCAUGCUUGCUCGGCUGCUGGCAGAACUGAAUUCUAUACCGGAACUGUUCCCAGUGAAAACCCCCACCUCAACUCCUUCGAAACAGAAGAAAAUCCCAAGGAGGACAUUUUCGGAAGGCCAGAUAGCACGUCGCAUGAACCCAACCAGAAAUGCUCGUCCACCAGAAAAGUUUGCCUUGGAAAAGUUUACUGUGUCAGCUAUCAAGUUUGCAGAACAAUUCAGUAGCUAUAGACAACAAAACCUCCUGAAGAAGAGACUCAGUGUGGGGAAUUGUGGAGUGCGCAAAAGGAGGAGAUCAUCAAAAUACUCAUCCAACCGUCCAGUAGAGGAUAUUACUGAGGAGGACUUGGACAACAUUGCAAUCACUGUUAAAGAUAAAAUCUAUGACAAAGUUCUAGGUAGUACUUGCCACCAGUGUCGACAAAAGACAACUGAUACGAAGACAGUCUGUCGCAACCACGGCUGUGGUGGAGUGAGGGGACAAUUUUGUGGACCAUGUCUUCGAAAUAGAUAUGGGGAGGAUGUGAAAUCAGCACUGCUUGAUCCAGCCUGGAUCUGUCCUCCUUGUCGUGGGGUGUGCAACUGCAGCUACUGCCGCCGGCGGGAUGGGCGCUGCGCCACGGGCAUGCUCAUCCACUUGGCCAAGUUCUAUGGCUACAACAAUGUUAAGGAGUACCUGGAAAGUUUACAGAAACAACUGGAGAAUGACAAAUGAGAACUCUGAACUCAACGUGUGCCUGCAACUGAUUAAUAUGUUGACAAUAUUUGACUUCAGAAGGUUAUUACCAUGUUUUAUAAAAGAUAGAAUUGUAGGGUAGAAUAUAUGCAUUUCUUCAUUUAGAACUUUGAUUGAUGUGGUCUUAUGCAAAAGAUCUCUCAGGAAAAUAUUUUGGUAGAGAAAUCUACAUGCACAGACCUAUAUGUUAAGUGAAAUGGCACUCUUGAACUUUGAGUGGUUAAUUUUUGAUAGAGCUACACAACCAUAUGAUUGAGAACUUGGUCAAUUUGAGCAAUAUUUUUAUUUAUAUAAUUGUGCAAGUUUCCAGAAAGGGUGUUUAAUAACUAUCUGUAAAGCAUAUCCUGUCUUUAAAGAAACAAAACGCCCUUCGUGUUCCAGCUUGACCCUAAAGAUUCAGUUUUCCAAACCUUUCAGAACCUACUCCAGCACCUGUAGUUUAUGGAACUUUGCAUGCAAAGAAGGGAAGGGUACUUCAUCUGAAUGGAUAAUAUUUCAGCCAAAGCUGAUGCAACGUACCAGUGGGGGAUGAUUUUUUUUUUUUUUUUUUAUUCCAAAGUGCAAUUAGUAACUGAAACAUGGAAGUGGAAGACUCGUUUAUAAAAAAAAAAAAAAAAAAAAAAAAUUAAAGAAUU